AAUUUUGGUCCAGCUUUUAAAAAACUUUGUCUCUGUGAGAAGUCUCAUUCUAUGAUAGUUUAGUUUCUGCAGCGAAUAUGCAGACGUUGAAGAUUUGAAAGCGAAUCCUGACACAAUAACAUAUGCAUGAAAUAAAGUGGCGCGAUUCUGGAUACAAGCAAUUCAAGCUCAUGGACUCGACAGUUUUACCUUCAAGUCACAAGCGCUCUAAAAGUGAUCCUAUGGAAAGAAGAGUCAGGGAAGAUGGAUUAUGGGAUAACGGUACUGAAAGUUCUUUUCACACAAGCAUGCUUGUGGAAAGCAAUGAAUCCAAGAAGAGGCAAUACCAUAACAUUGAUCUUCAGAGUUCCUUGACUCAAGAGAUUUUCAUGCUUCAAAAACGAUUGCAUCAACAAUUUGUGGUACGAAGUGCAUUAGAGAAAGCAUGUUACCUGCCUUCCUCACAAGAUGCUGCGCUAGAAAACUCGAUGCCAAUGGCGACCAAGGAACUAAUUAAGGAAAUUGGCGUAUUAGAAUUAGAAGUAGUGUACUUGGAACAAUAUCUUCUCUCGCUGUAUCGGAAAAGAUUUGAUCAUCAAAUAUUGUCUCUAUCAGCCAAGGAAAGAAGAUUGGAAACAGAUUCAGACACCAAAAAAGGAAGUUCAUCAGUAAGUGGGACAGUUACUGUCUCUGAGAAAGAGAUUUCAGUUCGUGAACAUAAUCUCCUGUCGCCCAGAAAUUCAGUUGGCUUUCCCCUUAAGGAAUGCAAGAAAGAGUUAGAACCAGAAGCUGUUCUGGACUCAAGUAUUCAUCGAAGUCACUCCACCCUAUCCCAGCAAUCAGUUUGCUUCAUCGAAACUUCUCAGGCCAAAGCUUUGGACACUUUCCAUUCUCUACCGUUGUCUAUGCUAGAGCAAGCUCAGAGUAAUAACUGCAGUUCAAUCUCCCUGGCUGAGCAUCUGGGAAAUUGCUUUUCUGAUAUAGUUCCAGAGACCCCAAACUGGCUUUCUGAGGAGAUGAUUAAGAGCAUAUCAGCUAUAUAUUGUGAACUUGCAGACCCUCCUUUUGUUGGUCAUGAUAAUGCUUCGUCCUUUAUUCCAUUUUCAUCAUCAGCAUAUGAGUUUUCUUCACAAGGCGAGGGAAAUAAGCAGGCCUCACGGUGGAAGAAACAUCGACCCUUCAAUUUAAACUUUAACAACCCUUUCCACAUCAAAGGAUCAAAAGAAUUUGGCGGACCUUAUUGCUCAAUGGUAAAGAUUCACAAGUUAAGCAGAGAUAGUGAAAAAUUAAAAGAAGUUGAGUACAUGCUGCGGAGAUUUAGGUCACUUGUUUCUCGGUUGGAAGAUGUUAAUCCUAGAAACUUGGAGCAUGAAGAAAAGCUAGCUUUUUGGAUCAAUGUGCACAACACCCUAGUGAUGCAUGCUUUAUUAGUUUAUGGAAUUUCAGCCAAUAAUGCCAAAAGAAUUUCUACAGUACUCAAGGCUGCAUAUAACAUUGGGGGUCAUAAUGUAAGCGUAGAACUCAUACAGAACUCGAUUCUGGGAUGCAGAUUGCCUCGUCCGGGACAAUGGCUGCAGAUUUUGUUUCCUACAAAAACAAAACUUAAGGUUAGAGAUGCAAGAAAAGCAUAUGCAAUACACCGACCAGAACCUUUGUUGCUAUUUGCCCUCAGUUCAGGAAGCCGUUCUGAUCCUGCGGUGCGUUUGUAUACAUCCAAGAGAGUCUCGGAGGAGCUUGAAUCUGCGAAAGACGAGUACAUUCAAUCUACCAUCUCUGUGACCAAGGAACAGAAAAUACUUAUUCCAAAGAUAGUUGAUUUCUUUGCAAAAAGCUCACGUCUUGGGGCAGUUGGUUUGAUGGAGGUGGUCAAGAAUAACCUUCCUAAUUCUCAAAGGAAAAUCAAUCAAGAGUUUCAAUCAAAAGCAAGCUGGAAAGGCAUUGAGUUGGUCCCUCAUGACUUCAGUUUCAAUUACUUGAUUUCGAAGGAGUUAGCUUGGUAAUCACAUGCCUCAGUAGAUAUUAGCAUCAUAGCUUGGAAUGACAGAAGAAUCUUAAUUCAGGAUAAUCAUGA